UCAUACAGAUUUUUACAUUGUAUUUGUUUUGGACAAAACCAGUCUCUUCGUCAGCUGUUUCGUUCAAAAUUUGAUAACGAAGAAGGUUAACUGAUAAGACUUCUAAAGUUUUCAUCGUGAAUUUGCUGAUUUAGUUCUUAAAUUUGUGAGGUGUGAAUCGAACGCAAUGCUGACAAAAAUUAAGAAAAAUGAAAGCUUUUCGAAAGCAAUGCUCAGCAAAGGAGCCUCGACACCAUGUGAUGAAGAUUCUAAUUUCGUCAUGGAACUUCCAGAAUGGGCAGAUGAGAACAAAAUUAAGAUAGCACAGCGAUUUUUUAUUUUAAAUCUCAAUGCAAUGGUUCACGCAUUGGCAAUUGGUCUGGGAGCUGUUGCAGCAGUUCCAUCAAUUUUAGAAGUUCUAAAUUUCACAAAAAAGUCAUCAACUCCAGCAUUGGCAUAUCGAAGAUAUAAAGCAAACGCAAUACAUUCACAAAUAUGGUACAAAUAUCCAAUUAAACCAGGAACAAAAGCAUGGAAGUCACUAGAAACAGUUCGCAAAAUGCACGUUGUUAUAAAUCGUCGGUCAUUGAAUUCUGGCAGUGGAAUAAUAUCUCAAAAAGAUAUGUCAAUAACAUUGUACCUUUUCAUGGGCUUCCAUUUACUCAUGCCAGAACGUUUUGGCAUAGUUGGGUCACGUGAACAAUUUGAAGCCUUUAACCAUUUCUGGAGACUCAUUGGUUACAUGUUGGGAAUUAAGGAUGAAUUUAAUUGCUGUGAAGAGAGCCUUGAAGGUACGAGAAACCGACUUGAAGCCAUAAGAGAAGAUUUGCUUCUUCCUUCACUUCAAUUUCCAAGCACUGGAUACGAAAGUUACACAAAGACUGCCAUUGAGGGGAUGUGGUAUUUUAAUCCUUUGGAUAAUAAUUACGAAGCAAUGAUGUUCACUAUGAAACGAGUUAUGCAAGUUCCUGGUUACUUCUACUUCUGGUCAGAAAAUGAUGGAGAAGUUGAGAAGAAUCAGAAAAUAUUUGAUAGCAUGUCAAUUUUACAACACAUUAGAAUAUUCUUAGAUAUCAUCAUUUACGAAUAUUUAUCAAAAGUUUUUGUUUUCCGAUGGAUUUUUAAUUUGAUUCGCAUGUCGUUCGGAAUUCUUGAUGUUUACCCAAUUUUAGCGUUGAGAAGGUUUGGUAAGAAGUUUGCUUAUGUGAAGGUUCUUGAUUCAAAGCAAAAUAAAUAAAAUUAAAUAUUUCUCCAUGUUGAACUGGAUCAAUAAAAGUCAUAAAUCAUGUAAUUAAUUUAAUACUUAUAUUUCACUUUUACCAAUGAAAUAAAUAUAUUAAUAAUCUUACAUGUACACAUACGUUUCAAAAUUCAACCAACU